AUGAAAUGUAAUGAGAGAAUUAAAAAGUAUCAUUUGAAUCAUAGUGACCUCCAGCAUAACUGCAAACUUAAUCAACACAGAUGUUCAAACUAAUGUCCUGAAUGCAAAAGCUUUUGUAACAAAUUAGUUAACCACGAUGGAUAUCAUGCUACAAACACUCACAGAAAUAAAGAGAAUUGUGUAUUCGUUUCUAAUUAAGGCAAGAAAACUGUUUCAAUCUUCUCUGAUGGUAAAAGGAGAGAGUACAAAAUUGGUGAAUCAUGUUUGCCUGAAAAUUGUUCAUCCUCAUGUGGCAGAAAAGGAAGAAGUCACUUUCAUUUAAAACCGUGCUUAGGUGGAGAAAACUGUUAAGCCCGUAUGAAUCCGUUUGUAAGUCACUCAGUAGAAAAAUAUCAUCCUUUUGAGGACAAAGUUUUCGAUAAAUGGCUCUGCUAUAAUUAUUGGGAAUCAUAUGGAUGGGAAGCUCCAGUUACCCUUGACCUUCUUGAGGAGAUUUAAUCAUGUAACUUUUACUGUUCCCAUUCAACCCAUGGGGAUGAAAAGAAAUUCUGUGAAGGAAAGGCAUGGCACGAUGGCAAUCACAUUUUCCAUUGUGAUCACCCAAUAAUAUUGACUAAUAUAAUUGACGUGGUUUUCUGUUGUGAUACAACUGGCUCAAUGGAUGCAUAUAUUGAUAAGUCAAUAGACACAAUUCUAAGAAUAAUUGAAAUGAUCAAUGUAAUGGGAGCUGCUGAAUGCAGAGAGAGAAGUAUCUAGUUUGGUUUCGUUGCUUAUAGAGAUCAUCCUCCUGAAGAUGAAACUUAUGUAACUAAAUACUAAAACAUGGCUGAUUAUAUGUCUGCUCUGGCAUUCAUCUAAGACUUAGAAGCUAAAGGUGGUGGAGAUGGCCCUGAGGCAGUACUUGAUGGUCUAUAUGAUUCUAUUCAUAAGAUGAACUGGAGAGAUAAAUCAUUACGAUUUAUAUUCCAUAUAGCUGAUGCACCUCCUCAUGGAAUACAGUAUACAGGAGGUGGAAAUAUUGAUGGUUUUCCAGAAGGAUGUCCUUGUUAGUAUACCAUAGAUAAAAUUGCAAGUGAUUUGAAGCAAUAUCAAAUAAAAUACAAACUACUAAAAAUAGGUACUUUUGCAAACAAAAUGGCUGAGAUUUUCAAAAGUAAAAUUGAAGACUAUGAGUUGUAGGAUCUUGAUUCGGCUCUUUAAAUGGAUAUUAAAGUAGCUGAGAUGGUUAUCAGGGACAUUAGAAGUGAAGAAUUUGAUGUUAUAGAUUAGCAUUGA